UUUACUUCUCCAAUUUUGAAUAAUAUACGAUCUCAAAUGUCAGGUGUAGCUCAACCCAUUGAAAAUAUCUUAGAUACUAACAUAAAACUUGAAAUUGAGCAAAAUAGGAAAAUUCUUAAACAAAUUGUUGAUACAGUUCUUUUUUGUGGAAGGCUUGGCAUUGGAUUACGAGGUCAUUGUGAUGAUGCUCAAUUUCACCCAGAGGUCGGUUGCUAUUCAGUCAAUGGCAAUGUUGGUAAUUUUGUUGAAUCUUUAAAUUUUAGAGUUAGAGCUGGUGAUCAAACUUUGGAAAAUCAUUUGCUCAAAUGUGGCAAGAAUAAAAGUUAUAUUUCCAAGACCAGUCAAAACAAAAUCAUCAAUUGUAUUGGUCAGGUAAUAUCAGAAGAUAUUAUAAACGAGAUAAAAAAAAAUAGAUAUUAUUCUAUCAUUGCAGAUGAAGCUGCUGAUUCUUCUCACAAAGAGCAAUUGUCCCUUGUUCUACGCUGCCAAUUUUAUCAACAUAUCACAGACACGCAACAUACCCUUUGCUGAGCACGUUAAAAAGUCAGAUGUUCAGACCAAGAAGGCAAAACUGGUAAGUCUUUGUAAAACCAGAUGGGUUGAGCGAGUUGACAGUCUUGACACGUUUCAACAAUUGUUUAUUCCUUUAAUCGACACUCUUCAGGACAUGAUAAACAAUGUAA